CUAGUGUAAUCCAUCUCAGGAAAAUGAACCUGAGUAUCAGUUUAUUGAGUGUUUUACUGGUUUCUGUGGUUUGGGCAGAUCGUCCACAAUGGCGGAAAAUUGACGGAGAUCUUGCUCAAGAGCCUGAAAUUCAACCUCUUCAGGAAGUAGACGAGUCAUACAGACUACCCAAUAUCGCCGUGCCUUCACACUACAAUCUAAAUCUCAGGACGUCUAUUCAUGUGAACAAUCGAGAGUUUCAGGGAAUCGUAGAGAUUUUCUUUGACCUUCUGCAGAACAGCGACAAAGUGACUGUCCACAAUAGGCAACUUUCAAUCUCGAGUGUGAGUCUGUUUUCCGUAGUCGGGGGACAGAACCUAGUUGAUGUUGCAGUAAUGUCAUUUGAAACUGAUGCUCGUACAGAGCAUUUGACUGUUCAAAGUGAAAACCUGCUCCAACAAGGUAGUUACAUGGUGAGGAUUCAGUUUACUGGCAGGUUGCAGAACAACAAUAAUCAAGGAUUCUUCGCGUCGUCCUAUCUGGAUAAUGAUGGCCAAAGACACUACAUUGCUUCAAGCAAAUUCGAACCACAUCACGCCAGAUCGGCUUUCCCUUGUUUUGAUGAACCGAAGUUGAAGGCCUCUUUCUCCUUAUCUCUAACGCACCACAAAGAUUACCACUCUGUGGCCAAUAUGCCCCAGGACGGUAUGCUAUUGGCAGACUCGCAGGACCCAGAUUUUGUAGUGACCCGAUUCCAACGAUCGACUGUGAUGUCGACCUAUCUGGUAGCUUUCGCCGUAACUAACUUCGCCAUUCGUACCAAAGGUGCUCAAACAGUUUACGCUAGACCGAAUGUGUUCGAGGAGACGGAAUAUCCACUGGACGCCGGUAUCGACAUACUGAAUGCGUUGGGAGAUUAUCUGGGUAUUCCUUACAUCAACCAUAUGCCUAAAAUGACCCAGAUUGCGAUUCCGGACCGCGGCACAGGUGCAAUGGAAAACUGGGGUCUCGUCGCUUAUGGUGAACCCGUUCUGCUAUUCAACCCGGCUAUCAAUUCUUAUCGCACCAAGAAAUCGGUCACAACCAUUAUUGCCCACGAAUACGCCCAUCAGUGGUUCGGUAAUCUUGUCAGCCCAGAUUGGUGGACGUAUAUUUGGCUCAAUGAGGGAUUUGCUACUGUUUACGAAUAUUUGGCGGCAACCUUGGCCUACCCAGAAAACGACUAUUGGGCCCUUUGGAACGUCGAAGUCAUCCACAGUGCCUUUGCAGCCGAUGCUCGGGAAACGGUGCGUCCGAUGAACUGGAAUGCCGGCAGCCCGAAUGAAAUCGCAGGCUUGUUUGAUACCGUAGCGUACGAUAAGUCGGGAAGCGUUUUGAACAUGUUCCGCGAAGUGAUGGGCGAUGCAAAUUGGCGAUUAGGACUCACUGAUUACUUUAAUCGACGAAAACUUGACGUGGCUACAGAUGCUCAUCUUUACGAAGGAUUGCAGGUUGCUUUGAACGCACAGGAUAUUAUUCCAAGCACUCUAUCUAUGCAGCAAGUGAUGGAAUCAUGGACCAAUGCUCCUGGUUUUCCUCUUUUAACGGUACGCCGUGAUUAUCAAAACGGUGUCGUCUAUUUGUCCCAAGAAAGGUUCCUCAGCGACCGUGUACUGCCAAAUACUCAUGUCUACCACAUCCCAUACAACUACGCUACGAAAUCGAAUGCUGAUUUCAGUACUCAAAAGUUCGACUGGCUUUCAAGCAAAGCAGAAAAAAUAUCUACUACUGCGUCUGCAGAAGAUUGGAUCAUUUUCAACAAUCAACAAACUGGAUACUACCGAGUAAACUACGAUCUUCAGAAUUGGAAGCUCAUCCUCAACGCUCUACUGGAUAAUCCUGAAACAAUUCAUGUUCAAAAUCGGGCUCAGCUCAUUAACGAUGCCUACAACUUGGCCCGAGCUGAUCGUCUAGAUAUGUCCCUUGCUUUGGAACUACUGACCUACCUCAAAAAAGAAAACACUUAUCCCCCUUGGGCAGCCGCCAGUACUGUCCUGACCUACUUCAACAACAAAUUCCGAGGAACUCCUUACUAUGAACAUUUUGUUAACUUUGCCCGAGAGAUUCUCACACCAAUCUAUGCAACACUUUCUAUUGAUUCCGUCCCACAAGGCGAAACUAUGCUACAGAAGUACCUGAAGCAAACUAUCUCUACCUGGGCAUGUCGAGUUGGCGUUCAAGAUUGUCUCAACAGAGCAGCUCGGGUAGUCUCACAAGCUGUAUCCGACAAAAAACCAGCCCAUCCGGAUAUCUCAACAGCCAUGUAUUGUUUCGGCUUACAAAAUGCGGGAGAAGCAGAGUACGUUUGGAUAUAUGAAUGGCUGCUAGCAUCCAAGAAUCAAGCCGAACGUGCAGUAUUGAUCGAUGCGAUGGGAUGCUCUCAGAACAAAGAAUUCCUUAUCUCGUUCCUCAUGACCUCGAUCGGAGGAGGAGCCACAUUUAAUUUCUUGGAAACGGAACGCACUCGAAUCGUAACGUCCGUCUACGCCGGUAGCCGUAUUGGAGUCGACGCACUAAUCGAGUUCCUCAUGAUGGAAGAUGCAUUGGUUGAUGAGUUCAUUAGCCGAUUGGGUCAGAACACGCUGAACAACGCCAUUGCGAACAUUGCAACUCGUACCAAUAACGGAGCUGAGCUAACUCAACUAGAGACGCUGUUGGCCAGGUUGGGAUCGAGGGUGAGUGCUGCUACUGCAACUUCAGCUCGGAAUACUGUGGCCAAUAACUUCGCUUGGUUCACGACCUUCGAAGGAUUGGUUUCGGUGGAGUUUUUCGAACGCUUUUCCAACUGUUUUUUGCAAAUCCAUCGCCAUGCAGCUCGGACGGUAACACUCAACUGGGAAUUGUUCAACAAUCUAGGGGUGUCGAUCAUUACUGAUUUUCAUGAAAUCUUCAACCAUAAAAGUGAACUUGAAUUAUGGACCGAUAAGUUCAUUGAUAACUUUAUUAACCCGAUUGUCCUGUAUUGUCUUAGAAAUGCGAGAUACACCGUAUCUUAUCUUGCACCUCGCAGGUCUGUAGAAAAUUUCAGCAAUAAAAAGCCGUUAACGAGAGUUUUAGAAGCUUUAGUUCAACUUUUGCCGUCUAUGGCAAAACACCUUGAGAAAAUGGGCCUGAGAAAAUUCUUGUUUUGUGCUUUACUAUUUAGUGUAGUUUGGGCAGAUCGUCCACAAUGGCGGAAAAUUGAUGGAGACCUAGCACCAGAGGUUCCAAUACAACCUCUUCAAGAAAUCGACGAGUCAUACUUGCUACCGAGAAGUGCCGUGCCUUCACACUACAAUCUGAACAUCAAGACAUCCAUUCACGAAAAUAAUCGAGAAUUUCAGGGAAACGUGGAAAUUUUCUUUGAACUUCUGCAGAGCAGCGACAAAGUGAUUGUUCAUAACCGUCAGCUUUCGAUCUGGAAUGUGAGGCUUUUUUCUGUGGUUGGUGAACAAAAUCUAGUUGAGCUAGGUUUACCAGCAUUCGAAACUGAUACCCGUACAGAGCAUUUGAUUAUUCAAAGCGAAAGCUUACUCGAACCUGGUAGCUACAUGGUGAGGAUUCAGUACACAGGAAGGUUGCAGAACAAUAAUAAUGUAGGAUUCUACGCUUCAUCGUAUGUGGAUAACGACGGCAACAGGCACUACAUUGCUUCAACCAAACUCGAAUCUACCAAUGCAAGAAUGGCUUUCCCUUGUUUCGAUGAACCCCAGUUGAAGGCUUCCUUCUCGAUUGCUUUAAUCCACCACAAAGAUUACCAUGCAGUGGCUAAUAUGCCCCAAGAAGGUAAUCUAGAGGUAGAUACAAUGGAUCCAGAUUAUGUAGUCACGCGGUUCCAAAAAUCGACUGUAAUGUCGACUUUCCUAGUGGCAUUUGCUGUUACCAAUUUCGCCAUUCGUACCAGUGGUACUCAAACGGUUUAUGCUAGACCGAAUGUAUUCGAGGAGACAGAAUAUCCACUGGAGGCCGGUAUCGACAUUCUGGAAGCUUUGGGCGAUUAUCUGGGUAUUCCGUACAUCAGUCAUAUGCCCAAAAUGACUCAGAUUGCCAUUCCAGAUCGUACAUCGAGUGCUAUGGAAAACUGGGGUCUCGUUUCUUACGGUGAACCCGUUCUGCUGUUCAAUCCAGCUAUCAAUUCUUAUCGCACCAAGAAAUCGGUCACAACCAUUAUUGCCCACGAGUUCGCCCAUCAGUGGUUCGGUAAUCUUGUUACGCCGGAAUGGUGGACAUACGUAUGGCUUAAGGAGGGAUUCGCUACUGUUUACGAAUAUUUGGCGGCAACCUUGGCCUACCCAGAAAACGACUAUUGGGCCCUUUGGAACGUCGAAGUCAUCCAUAAUGCGUUUGCAGCCGAUGCUCGGGAAACGGUGCGUCCGAUGAAUUGGAAUGCCGGCAGCCCAAAUGAAAUCGCAGGCCUGUUCGAUACCGUAGCGUACGAUAAAGCUGGAAGCGUUUUGAACAUGUUCCGCGAAGUGGUGGGAGAUGAAAACUUCCGUGUUGGACUUUCUGAUUACUUCAACCAAGCAAAGCUUGGCGUGGCUACAGAUAUUCAUCUUUAUCAGGGAUUGCAACUCGCUUUGAACGGACAGGAUAUCCUCUCAACAACUUCAUCUAUCCAGCAGCUGAUGGAAUCAUGGACCAAUGCUCCUGGUUUUCCUCUUCUAACGGUACGCCGUGAUUAUCAAAACGGUGUCGUCUAUUUGUCCCAAGAAAGGUUCCUCAGCGACCGUGUACUGCCGAAUUCUCAUGUCUACCACAUCCCAUACAACUACGCUACGAAAUCGAAUGCUGAUUUCAGCACUCAAAAGUUCGACUGGCUUUCCAGCAAAGCAGAAAAAAUAUCUACUACUGCGUCUGCAGAAGAUUGGAUCAUUUUCAACAAUCAACAAACUGGAUACUACCGAGUAAACUACGAUCUUCAGAAUUGGAAGCUCAUCCUCAACGCUCUACUGGAUAAUCCUGAAACAAUUCAUGUUCAAAAUCGUGCUCAGCUCAUUAACGAUGCCUACAACUUGGCCCGAGCUGAUCGUCUAGAUAUGGCCCUUGCUUUGGAACUACUGACCUACCUCAAAAAAGAAAACACUUAUCCCCCUUGGGCAGCCGCCAGUACUGUCCUGACCUACUUCAACAACAAAUUCCGAGGAACUCCCUACUAUGAACAUUUUGUUAACUUUGCCCGAGAGAUUCUCACACCAAUCUAUUCAACACUUCCUAUUGAUUCCGUCCCACAAGGCGAAACGAUGCUACAGAAAUACCUGAAGCAAACUAUCUCUACCUGGGCAUGUCGAGUUGGCGUUCAAGAUUGUCUCAACAGAGCAGCUCAAGUAGUCUCACAAGCUGUAUCGGACAAAAAAACAGCCCAUCCAGAUAUCUCAACGGCCAUGUAUUGUUUCGGCUUACAAAAUGCAGGAGAAGCAGAGUACGUUUGGAUAUAUGAAUGGCUGCUAGCAUCCAAGAAUCAAGCCGAACGUGCGGUAUUGAUCGAUGCGAUGGGAUGCUCUCAGAACAAAGAAUUCCUCGUCUCGUUCCUCAUGACCUCGAUUGGAGGAGGAUCCACCUUUAAUUUCCUGGAAAUGGAACGAACCAGAAUUGUUUCAUCCGUCUACACCGGUAGCCGUAUCGGAGUCGAUGCUCUUAUCGAGUUCCUCAUGAUGGAAGAUGCAUUGGUUGAUGAGUUCAUUAGCCGAUUGGGCCAGAACACGCUGAACAACGCCAUUGCGAACAUUGCAGCUCGUACCAAUAACGGAGCAGAGCUCACUCAAUUUGAGACGCUGUUGGCCAGGUUGGGAACGAGGGUGAGUGCUGCUACUGCGACUUCGGCCCGGAAUACUGUGGCCAAUAACUUCGCUUGGUUCACGACCUUAGAGGGAUUGGUUUCGGUGGAGUUUUUCGAACGUUUCUAGUUGAUGACAAUGUCUACUAGGUGGGGCAAUAGCUCUCGUGCUUUCCAUUGUACAAUUUGACAUGAGUCCGAUGACGAUGGUUGUAUAAAUCCCUUAUGAAUAAAUGGUUUUUCAUUAAA